AUUUGGGUGGUGGUUCUAGCAUGACGAAGAAGCCGUCGUCGUCGCCGCACGCGAACGUGCGUCUCCCGGAACGUCUGUCGUUUCCCGACGAAGAAGUGAAGACGCUAGAGCUGUGGCAAGAGCUGGAUGCGUUCCAUACGUCGCUCCGGUUGUCCAAGGACCGCAAGCCGUUCACGUUUUACGACGGUCCGCCGUUUGCCACAGGCUUGCCGCAUCAUGGCCACAUUCUCGCGGGUACGAUCAAGGAUAUUGUCACGCGUUUUGCGCACCAAACGGGGCACUACGUUGAACGUCGCUUCGGGUGGGAUUGCCACGGGUUGCCGGUUGAAUUUGAAAUCAACAAGAAGCUCAACAUCCACACAAAGGAGGAAGUGCUGGCGAUGGGGAUCGACAAGUACAACAACGAGUGCCGUGGGAUUGUGCAGCGCUACACGAAGGAGUGGGAAACCACCGUCGCUCGCUUGGGUCGUUGGAUCGAUUGCAAGAACGAUUACAAGACGAUGGAACCUUGGUAUAUGGAAAGCGUGUGGCACGUGUUUGCCACGUUGUUCCAAAAGGACUUGGUCUACCGUGGAUUCAAGAUCCUGCCGUACUCGACGGCAUGUAACACGUCGUUGUCGAACUUCGAGGCGAACCAAGACUAUCGUGACACUCCCGACCCGAGCGUCGUCGUGUCGUUCCCGAUCAUCGGCGAUGAGGCCACGCACUUGUUGGCAUGGACGACGACGCCUUGGACGCUGCCGUCCAAUUUGGCGUUGUGCGUGAACCCUGACCUGGACUACAUCAAGGUGAAGGACCUCAAGUCGGACAAGUUUUACAUCCUCGCCGAGGCCCGCCUCGUCCAAGUGUACCCAAAGCUCGAAAAGAAGGGGUACGUUGCCGGCUCCGAGUUCGAAAAGGUCGGCGCGUCGUUCAAGGGCGUCGACUUGGUCGGGAAGAAGUACGUUCCGCUCUUUGACACGUUCGCCGACUGGCCGAACGCGUUCCAGGUGCUCGCCGACAAGUAUGUCUCGGCGGACGGCGGUACCGGCAUUGUCCACCAAGCGCCGACGUACGGCGAAGACGAUUACCGCGUCUGCUUGAAAAACGCGAUCGUGACAAAGACGGCGUUGCCGGACCCGUUGGAUGAUAAUGGCAAGUUCACCAAGCAGGUGCCGCUCGUUGCAGGGCUCCAUGUCAAGGAAGCGGACGAUGUGCUGUGCAAGGACCUGAAGGCGCGCGACCGUCUUGUCAGCAAGAGCACGUUUGUCCACAGCUACCCGUUCUGCUACCGCAGUGGGACGCCGUUGAUCUACCGCGCGGUGCCUGGAUGGUUUGUUAACGUGGAGAAAAUCAAGGACAAGAUAAUUGCGAACAACCAAAAAACGUACUGGGUCCCGGCCUUUGUCAAGGAGAAGCGCUUUCACAACUGGCUCGUCGACGGCAAGGACUGGAACAUCAGUCGCGGCCGUUUCUGGGGCACCCCACUGCCGCUGUGGGUCAGCGACGACUACGAAGAGGUCGUGUGCGUUGGGUCGAUUGACGAGCUCAAGGCGCUGUCGGGCGUGACUACCAUCACAGACUUGCACCGCGAGUUCAUGGACGAGAUCACGAUCCCGUCCAAGACGGGGCGCGGUGUCCUGCGCCGCGUGCCAGAAGUGUUCGACUGCUGGUUCGAAUCCGGCUCGAUGCCGUAUGCGCAGCAGCAUUACCCGUUUGAAAACAAGGAAAAGUUUCACAGCGGAUUCCCUGCCGACUUUAUUGCAGAAGGGCUGGACCAAACCCGCGGGUGGUUUUACACGCUCAUGGUGAUCGGGACGGCGCUGUUUGACCAGCCGCCCUUCAAGAACCUCAUUGUAAACGGUCUCGUCUUGGCCGAAGACGGCCGCAAGAUGAGCAAGUCCCUGAAAAACUACCCCGACCCGGCCGACAUUUUUGCCAAGUACGGUGCGGAUGCCCUCCGCCUGUACUUGAUCAAUUCGCCCGUCGUCCGCGCCGAGCCGCUCAAGUUCCAGGAGGCCGGCGUCAUGGGAAUCAUCCGCGACCUAUUCCUCCCCUGGUACAACUCGGCGCGGUUCUUCGUUCAGAACGUGGAACGCCUCGAAGACGUCACUGGCUCGACGUUUGUGCCGUCGACUACGGUCGACUACACGAACGUGAUGGAUGCAUGGAUCAUUGCGGCGUUGCACAGCUUGAUCAAAUUUGUGCGUGCCGAAAUGGCGGCGUACCGACUGUACACGGUUGUGCCGCGCCUCGUCGAUUUCAUCGACCAGCUCACCAAGUGGUACGUCCGGUUGAACCGCAACCGCCUCAAGGGCAGUGACGGGGCGGAAGCCGCGCACGUUGCGCUCUCCGCGCUCUUUGAAGUGCUCUACACGUUGUGCAAGCUCAUGGCGCCGUUUACGCCGUUUCUGACCGAGUACAUGUAUCAGUUCUUAAAGUUGUACCACCCCAAGUCGCAGACGAUCGCGACGCCGGGGUCGCCCGAAGACAGCGACGGGUUGGCAAAGAGCAUCCACUUUUUGAUGAUCCCUGACGCGGACGAGACCCGAUUGAACGAAAUGGCCGAGUCCCGCAUGGCCAACCUCCAGAGCGUCAUCGAGAUGGGCCGCGUGGUCCGCGAACGCCGCAAUAUCUCGCUAAAGAACCCUGUCAAGCGUGUGGUAGUCGUGUGCAGCGACGCCGCCGUCUUGAGCGAGUUGAAGGACGUGUCUUCGUACAUUCACGACGAACUGAACAUGCGCGACUUGGAAUUCGCCGCCGAUGAAAAAGCGUGGUGCACGCUAAAGGUGGAAGUCAACAGCAAAGUGUUGGGCAAAAGGUUGGGCAAGGGACUCGCCCCUGUCAAGAAGCAAGUCGAAGCGCUGACCCACGAACAAGCGCUGCACUACCAAACCCACCAAACGAUCACUUUGCACGACAAUGUCGUGCUAUCUGGUGACGACUUGAUCGUCAAGCGCGACUUCAAGGGCGACAAAUCCAUCUACGAAGCCGACGUAUCUCCCGAUGGCCGCCUCAUGGUCGUCAUUGACGUUCGCGAGGACAACGACCUGCGCAACCAGGGGUUUGCCCGCGAAUUUGUCAACCGCGUACAAAAGUUGCGCAAAAAGGCGGGUUUGAUUGUCGGCGACAAGGUCCACAUCUACUUUCAAGAAGGCGAAUCGAACGACGGCCCCAUCACCGAGGCCAUCAAGCAAUUCGUGGGCAUCGUCGCUGGCACGCUGGGCACGACCCCCUCGCCGCUGUCCCUCAAGCCCCAAGGCAGCGUCACGAUUAUUUCGGAAAUGUCCGAGUUUGCCGGAUCGUCCGUCGAGAUUUUUGUCGCGCGACCGGCGGUCCUGUUUGCCGACCUGACUGAGAACAACGACAUGGCGCUGCAGCAUGCCCAUGCAUUCGUGGCCACGAUGGAGUACUCGAAGGUCCGCGACACGGUGACAACGGAUGCAGAAGGCGCGAUCACGGUCGCGAUCCAAAACGAAGUUGUGCAGCUCGUCAACAACAAGGACCUGUUUUUGGAGCCCAAGGACAAGGUGGCCCACACCCCGUCGUUGAAGGCGACGUUGACGUGGAUGGUCUAACUGCCGUCCACCCGCCAUCGUCACUUGGUUCUCUAGAUAGUGCUUGUGUUUACAAUACAACAACAACCUGUCCAGGUCACAAACGAGUGGCUGUGGUGUCGCCGUUCCGAAAGGGCACGAUUGUCGUUGGGUUGUAAAAUGUAACCGAUCGUGUCAGUGAAACGGCUGCGAGUUGCC